GUUAUGUCUCCCGGCGAGUUGCAAAAGAAAAUACCGCAAUGCUUGUAAAACACUCAAAAGAAUGAAAAUAUUCAGGUUUUUUGAGAAGAGUGACGACAUGCUGCCUUCGUUCUGAAAAAGCGCGGUGUUUCAAAUAAGCUAAGCGCUUCAUCUGCAGUGGAUGUAAACAGAACAGUACUAUUUGAAAGUAACUCAGUCAGAAGUGUAAUUGCGAGCACCUAAUCUCAGUAACGACUGCUGUAAUAGUUUGUCAUUUUUAGGUUUCUUACUAUAUAUUUAAAAACACUAUUCCCUCAACUUUACUUUUGAGCAAAGAAAAGUUGUGGAAGAAAACAGAGGAAGGACACAUGACAGAAGAGAGAACGAUCUGCUCCUACUGCCCAUUUGGUCCUCCCCUUCCUACAACUCAGCCCAACCAUUCACUCACAUUAUCACUCGCACACAGACUCAUGCUCAGAGGAACUGAUAUUAUCCUUGAGGGCAACAGAAGAAGCUUUAUGACUGCUUCUCAGGAACUAGACCAGUAGAGCAGCUGAAGAUUGAAGAAAAACGGAAACAAAAACAAAAUUUCUAAUUCAUCUCUCAUUCAGCCUGGACUACUGGUCUGUCUGUUUCCUGUUCCUGCUGUCGGCUGUGUGGGGUAAUCAGUGUCAUCACGCUCACCUGUGUCUCUGUGAUUAGUCCUACUCGUGUCACCUGGUGCCCUUUGUAUAUAUACCUCUCUCCCCUCACUCUGUCCUUGUGGGAUUGUUGUUUUUGGCCGUUGUGUGUAUCUGGGCAAGUCUGUUCCUGUUCAAGUCUGUUCCAGAGGUGAGUUUUUGGUUGUUUUGGCUUUGCAUUUUAAAAUAAACUACCAGUACUGCGUUUGGGUCCUGCCUGCUUCCUGCCGUGUUGAUGGUGAAUCGUGGCAGGUUUAGCUUCAGGAAUCACCAUCACCCUGUAAUGCAGGGGACAAACAUAGGGCCUGCAGGCCCAUUACGGUGUUCAAUCUGGCCCACUUGAUGAAUUUUGAAAGUUCAAAAUUCAUCAAAGAAGAUGUAGUAUCCCUUGAGCAUGAUAAAGUAAGACCCUUCUGUGAAUUCCUCAGGUCUUGAAACUACCUUCUGAAGUACUCUAGAUGGUUUUCUUGUACCACAACUCGUGUGUCAGUUAAACUGCUCUGCACAUUGACAACUACACUCAUGUUAUCACUCGAACACAGACACGUGCUGAGAGGCACAUACAGUAUAUGAUCCUUGAGUGCAACAGAAGCCGCUCUAUGACUGCUUCUCAGGAACUAGACCAGUACAGCAGCUGAAGAUUGAAACAAGAAACAUGAUUUUGAAUUGUCUUAAAUACAUAAAAAGCAAUUUUCUCUAAUUAUGUUUUUUUUUUUUCUUCUAUUUUUCUUUCUCAGAUAACAUAGGCUCCUUGUAUAACUUACUGGAUUUCCACGAACUACAUAUUUAAAGAAGAAGAAGAAAGAAAAUGGCAUCUUCAAAACUCUAACAGAAGUUGGCACCGGAUGCCUGAUCUUGACACGUUACUAAAAUCCUGACCUCGGGAAACCAGGAAGUAAAAGAAAGGAUCAGGCACAAGUGACUGAGAUAAAAGGAGAAGGAAACGAAGAAUCUACAAACUCUAUGUCAAAUAACAUUUACAUUAGCCACCUGUAGAUGGGGUGAUACUGUCUGUCCUACGGUUUUGUAUAGGGCUUCCUCUUCCUCGUUGUGUUCAUCACAGAGAUUACUUUUGUUUUUGAAGUAAGUAAUCAAUCACACAUCAAGUAAUCAAAGCUAACUGCCAGUUGUUGACUCCACUUAUAUCUGUCAAUGUAUCAAAUUACUUGAAAGUUAUUUUGUAAACCUCACUGUACUUAAUGUGAAUAGCAUUAAAAUGCUAGUCUGCAAGUUAAUAACAAAUUGAGGUGGCUAUCAUUAAUGUGCCUUUAAAAAUCAAGCUUAUAAAGCAAAAGAAAAUCAAAACAAUAAGAGGUCCCAACAUGUUGUAUAUUCGUCGUGUCCACAAGUGGAAGUGCACGCGGCUGCUCAGCAUAGCCGUUGUGUUGUACACGGUGAUGGUCUGCUGGGAGGAUCUGGAUCACCACGUGCUGAGCCACGUGAAAUCGUACACCUAUCGUUCCUUAGUCAACAAGUACGAUUUUCUUAGGUCGUCUUUCCACGUCGCACCCAAUUCUAACCACCAAAAUGAUGGUGUUGAUGGAGAAAAAUACCAGCUCCUCAUUAACCACCCAGAUAAAUGUGGAAGCGGUGGUGACGGUGAUAAUGUUUUCCUGCUUUUGUUUGUGAAAUCCUCACCCCAAAAUUUAGAACCUCGUCAGGCCAUCAGGGAAACGUGGGGGAAUGAGACCUACCUAUGGUCAGAAUUGAAAGUCAAUGUAAGGGUGGUGUUUGUUCUCGGGGUGGACCCAGACUCCCGACAGAGAUCUCAGGUACAGACCGCACUGCUGCUCGAAGACAAAGCACACGGAGACCUGAUCCAGCAGAACUUUGACGAUACUUUCCACAACCUCACAGCCAAACUAAUGCUGCAGUUCCAGUGGUUCUACCACUACUGUCCCAAGGCACUGUUUGUCAUGUCGGCGGACGAUGACAUCUUUGUCCACACGCCCAAUCUGAUUAGGUACCUACAGCAGGUCGUGCGCAGCGACACAGGCGUUACAGAUUUUUGGGUAGGACACGUACACAGUGGGUCGCCUCCAAAUCGUCGCAUGAAAAGCAAAUAUUAUGUUUCGCGUGACGUUUAUCCGUGGAUCUCCUACCCAGACUAUACGGCUGGAGCGGGGUUCGUGGUUUCAAAUGAUGUAUCUAAGAAGAUCUACCAGGCCACUUUGAUGCUGAAGCCUUCCAUCUACAUUGAUGAUGUCUUCAUGGGGAUUUGUGCCCACAUCAUGGGGGUUUCUCCCCAGAAAAACGCAUACUUUUUAGGAGAGGGCAAGGCUCACCCGUGCAUUUAUGAUGACAUGAUUACAUCUCAUGGUCACACUAAAGAUAUGCAUGCACUAUGGGAAACAGUGGCAGACCCGGCCGUCUACAGCAUGUACCAGGGAUUCUUUGAAAUCGUGUACUGCACAGCAAUAAGGAUGAUUCUGCUCAUUUGGUGAUGUGUGUGUUUUUUUUUUAAAUUUAUUUAUUGGUGUCAUGUUUACUUCUGUUUUUCUGUUUGUAAACUAUGAUAUUAAUGUGAUUUUAUUAAAAAAAA